AUGCUACUACAGUUGCAAAAAAAGAGGACUCGUAUCUGCCGUGCUUGCAACGGCCUCUUACACAAGUGGAUAAAAGGUGCCUUAUCUCCUCAAGACAUACGAGAUCGAAUUAUGGAUCCUUCAUCUGACUUUCAAAAAUGUAUUGUUGAAUAUCUUGAAUCAGUACAUAAAGGAGAACUUCAUGGAGGAUCCUUUGAAGAUAUUCGAGCUCAAUGUCAAGAUGCUCAGAAAAAUGAUCCAGAAUACAAAAAUCCAACCCAUACUAUGCCUAUACCUCCACCUCCUCUCUGCAAGAAUAGAGGGUGCAACAAAUGUUUAAGAUGCACUAAUCUUAAAGUAUGGUGGGGUAAUUUUCAUGCAACAACAGAUGAUAUUUUAUCUAGAUCAAAUCAUCAUGGGUGCCGCAGACCUGAGAUAGAUGGGGAAGACCCUACAAAAGUGAAGCGGAAAGGGUGUCUAAAUGCACAAGGCCAAUGUAAGGCAUGCUUUCCACGUGAGAUUGUAGAGGAGACAAUGGUUGAUCUGCUGAGCGGUGCAUUGAAAAUAAAGAAGGGUGAAAUGUGGCUCAAUACAUUCACACCUGAGCUAACAUAUCUUCUUCGCUGCAACACAGAUACUACUAGCUUGAUGUCAGGUACAGCAAUAAAGGCGGUUGUUGGAUAUAUCACUGAAUAUGUAACAAAAACUGGCUUAAAUUCAUAUACAGCUUUUGAUGCUGUUCGUCAAGUGUUUAACAGAAACUCUGAAAUGAUUGGAGGUAAUGAUGACAGGCAAAAUACUGCUUGUCGAUUGAUGACAAAAAUGGUGAAUGCAUUAACUGCUAGGAUGGAAAUAGGAAGUCCUAUGGCUUCUCUCUAUCUGCUGGGAAACCCUGACCACUAUACAAGUCACAAGUUCACACUUUUCUAUUGGAAAAAUUUUGUAAGAGAGGCUCGAAAUCCCUGGAUGAUUACAACAGAAAACGACACAUCAAAGUCAGCUGUUUCUGAUGAGAAAGAAAUGCCAGAGAAAGUAGUAUUGCAAAAAUAUGAGGGAAUGUACAUUGGAUUGUCAAAUGUUUAUGAUUAUAUUUACCAUCCUAUUGCUUAUGAGAAGAUGUCUUUAUAUGACUGGAUAAGAAAAGCAAAAAAAGAGAAACACACAAAAGAGGAGCAGCAGGAAUUCGAUGCUCACUAUGACAAAAAUGAAAAUGAAGUUGAAUCUGAUGAUGAAUCAGUUACCGAAGGAGAAGAUGAACUCAAUUUCUUAGGCGGUGGAGCAACUACAUGUGAUAUAGAAGAUGAAUCAAUAGAUGAAUUGCUUGGUGAAGAUUCUGAUGAUGAACUUAACAACUAUGAAAAUUUUUACAAUGAUGAACCUGAUAGCCAAGAGUUUCUACCUGAUCACCCUCAACAUUGCACACACAAGGUAGUUGUUGUUGAUGAGGAGAAUGCUCUUAUACCAAAUUUUGUUGGCGGAGGCUUACCUCGCUGUGAUCAAGGUGACAGAGAAUAUUACUGUUCUACUAUGCUUUCUUUGUUCAAACCUUGGCGAAAUGGCAAAUAUUUGAAACUAGAAGAUGAGUCUUGGGAUGAAGCUUUUUGUGGCUAUGCAUUUUCAGCAAGACAACUUGAGCUUAUGAAUAAUUUCAAUAUCAAGUAUGAAUGUAAUGAUGCCAGAGAUGACUAUUCUGCACAGAUGAAGAAGAAAGGUGAAAGAGAAGGAAUACUGGGCUCAUGGGAUGACACUGGAGGUGAACUUGAUGCUAACUUUCCUGACUUUGGUGAAGAUGGUCCAUUGGAUGUUGAUGAAUCACUCUAUAUGUUGGGAGACCCCAAUAGCAUCAAUAAUCAGAAGCUUCAUGAAAUGAACAGAAUUGAGAAUGUAGUUCAAAAUGCAGGAUGGCUUGAUCCAUGCAUUGGUGAUAUUGAUCCAGUGGAUGUAAACUUCAAGCCAGAAGAAGAACGAACUGGAUCUCAGUGGAAUGUUCUUGUACAGUCACUAAAGAAACUCUUUCUUGAAACACGUUCAAAGAACCUUCCAGUGGCUAAAGCAGAUAAAGAAAGAAAUGGGACAUCACAAAAUGAAGUGGUUGUAGAUGAUAUCAGCUACUUGGACAAAAAAUUCAAAGCCAAGAAAGAAGAAGAACAGAAAAUGAUAGAUGACAUUGCCCAAACAUUCAGUUUGAAUGAAGAGCAGGAAAGAGCAUUCCGAAUUGUGGCCAACCAUGCAACUGAAAGAAAGUGA